GCUUCCAAGCAUCACUGGGAAAGCCGAUGGUAUCUCAUUAAGAUUCAGAGCCUGCCCGGACUGCAUCAGAGCUUCAGCAAACUCCCUCCACGGGCAGCCCUGCUGCAUCCGGACACCUUAGCGCCUGCAAAAUGUUCUCGUAGCCAGCGGGGCUGACAGAGAAUAUGAGCCUUUGCCAAAUUGAACAAAUGGUAGUGGAGAAGGAAGCUAUCUGAAAAUUGAGGAUUCUGAAAUUAACCAGCCUACUUCGAGAGGCAAAUUUAUAUCCACCAACUUUUCUUAGAUAUUAACUGACACCCUGGAUAAGUGACAUUAAAUACUAUGCUAGUAUAGCUGAAGACUCCUUAGGAAUAUCUUUGACUGCCUUUCUUUUAUUGACCACCUGCAAGUAAAAAUGGAUGAUCGCUUUGGAAAUAAUACAAAUUUUUAUCAAGGUAGCAACACCUACUCUACAUUUGAAGAAGGGGGGGAACAGGAUGGAUACUAUCAUGGUGGUGAGUACCCAGCACAGGAAGAAGAUGCAGCAAGUGACGCAACAGAAGGGCAUGAUGAAGAUGACGAAAUUUAUGAAGGUGAAUACCAGGGCAUUCCCCAUCCUGAUGACAUUCGAACCAGCAAGAAAGCAGCAAGGGCAAUGGAUUAUGCUGACCACAGAGAUAGUACAGCUGACAAAAUGCAGGAUGAAGAACAACUGGCGCACCAGUAUGAAGCCAUUAUUGAAGAGUGCGGACAUGGACGAUUUCAAUGGACUCUCUUCUUUGUGGCAGGCCUAGCCCUGAUGGCCGAUGGUGUGGAGUGUUUUGUGGUGGCCUUUGCACUUCCCAGUGCAGAAAAGGACAUAUGUAUGAGCAAUGCAGACAAGGGUGCCCUUGGCUUGAUAGUCUACGUGGGAAUGAUGCUGGGUGCCUUCAUAUGGGGUGGACUUGCAGACAAGGUUGGCAGGAGAAGGUGUCUAAUCAUUGCUCUGACCAUCAACUCUAUCUUCUCUUUUCUGUCCUCCUUUGUUCAGGGAUACGGUUUAUUUCUCUUCUUCCGACUAAUCUCUGGUAUUGGCAUUGGAGGCUCCAUUCCCAUAGUAUAUGCGUAUUUCUCUGAAUUCUUGUGCCGAGAGAAAAGAGGAGAACACCUGAGUUGGCUCUGCAUGUUCUGGAUGAUCGGUGGGAUUUAUGCCUCCUCUAUGGCUUGGGGCAUCAUUCCUCACUACGGCUGGGGUUUUAGCAUGGGCACACACUACCAGUUUCAUAGCUGGAGAGUGUUCAUAUUGAUGUGCAUCCUUCCAGCCCUAAGUUCUUUAAUUGGGCUUGUCUUCAUGCCGGAAAGUCCGCGCUUCUUAUUGGAGAAUGGAAAGCAUGACGAAGCCUGGAUGAUUCUCAAGCAGGUUCAUGACACCAAUAUGAGGGCAAAAGGAGAACCAGAGAAGGUCUUCACUGUUUCUCAUAUUAAGACACCAAAGCAGGAAGAUGAAUUCAUUGAGAUACAAAGUUCAACAGGUACUUGGUACCAGCGAUGGUUGGUCAGGAUUAUGACUGUGGUGAAACAGAUUCUUGAGAAUGUUUUCUCGUUGUUUUCACCCCAGUUCAGGCUGAGUACCUUGUUCAUGGCAGUGGUGUGGUUUACAAUGGCUUUCAGCUACUAUGGGCUGACUGUAUGGUUUCCUGACAUGAUUAAGCAUCUGCAGAAUGAAGAAUACAAGUUCAGAGUUAAACAUUUCCACGGUGAGCACGUGGAGCACCUCACGUUCAACUUCACCCUGGAGAACCAGAUCCACAACGAAGGGAAAUUCAUCAAUGCCAAGUUUACAAACAUGGAAAUGAAAGCUGUGACCUUUGAAGACAGCUUGUUUGAAGACUGUUACUUUGAAAACGUCAAGUCUAUGGAUACCUUUUUCAAAAACUGCACCUUCAUUUCAACCGUCUUCUACAAUACAGAUUUCCGUAAAGAGAUGUUUAUUGACUGCAUGCACUGGAACAGUACCUUCCACCACAGCGUCGAACACUGCUAUGUUGAUUUUGAAGAAGAAAAUGACAUUCUUAUCUACUUAGUCAGCUUCCUUGGUAGUUUAGCUGUAAUUCCAGGGAAUAUCAUCUCUGCUCUCUUCAUGGAUAAAAUAGGAAGAAUAAAAAUUAUUGGUGGCUCUAUGCUGAUCUCAUCUGUGUGUACCUUCUUCCUCUAUUUUGGGAGCAGUGAAUCUGCAAUCAUUGGCUGGCAGUGCCUUUUUUGUGGUGUCAGUGUUGCAGCCUGGAACGGUAUUGACGUCAUAACAGUGGAACUUUAUCCAACAAAUAAACGAGCCACGGCUUUUGGGUUCCUCAAUGCUCUGUGCAAGUUUGCUGCCAUCCUAGGAACUUCAAUUUUUGCUUCCUUUGUGGGAAUCACAAAGGUCAUCCCUAUUCUUCUGGCCUCUGCCACCUUGAUUGGGGGAGGCCUGCUAGCACUCCGACUUCCUGAGACGCGAGAGCAGGUCCUCAUGUAACUUACGCAAUGACAAGAAUGAAGACCACAGGAGAGAUCCAAGAGGCAACUGCUUGAUCAAGUUUGACUGACAGAUCCAGGCUGAGACUUACUUUUUAAAGUGGUUAGGGAUCACUGACUCUGCAUGCUGCCAUUUAUGUUUUUCUUCUGAUUUGAUUAUUUGAAGGAGGUUAAAGAAAUUUCAAAUAGUGCAAAAUGGCAUCCAAAGGCCAGGGUUUUCAUUUGCUUGCUUAUAACAAGGGUAUGUCUUUUCUGUCUGUUUUCAUCCCCAUCCCGUCAUUUUCGUGUUUAUUUGUAUUGAUCUGAAAAGAACAUUUUAAAAUACUCAAUGCAGCACAAGAAAAUCCAACCUCAAAUGAAAGAAAUACUAAGAAGAAAAAAAACUUUAUAAAGUCCAACUAUUAUGUAAUCGUCCUUUUAUCCCCUGGGACAGGUUGUCUGAUGGCAACACUUUUUCAUAAUAACAGCACAAUGGCCGGUGAACCAGAAUUUAUUCAAGUGUGUGGAAUAAAUGAAAGAAAAACAAUUAUAACAGGAACAAAAUAAACCAAUGGUGCUCUGCUGAAUCUUAGUAACCUAAAGUACCCAGCAGCUCAGCUCUACUUCUCAAAUGUAUGCUCUGGAGCGUGCCACCAUUUACCAACAGUGAGAGCACUGCCAAGCUAAAACAUCCCUAAAAGUCUAGGUGGUGGCAUGAGGUGCCUGGCCAAAGAUCAGCCACCUUCCUUGUUCUGAGUUCACAAAUUCUGAAAAGAAGGCCCUUCCUGUAGUCCACCACCUGACUGCAUCUCUGAGGGUCAUUACACAGUUACGCUCACGGCCACUGAACCAUCUUCUAAUUCUGCUUUCUACUAGGGCACAACAUAUUACUUUAUAUUUAGAUAUUUACAGCACAUGGUGCUAAAACAAUAUAGGGACAUUAUUAAGAAUCUCAUUGUAUACAUUUCUGUCUUCGACAGACUGAAUUCAAGCUAACAGAUCUUCUAAUAUGGCUGCCAAUGAACUGUGCAGCAAUAUCAAUAAAUGUAACCCAGCACGUCCUGAAUUAUGUAGCUUAGGAUUCUUUAGACUGUAAUGCACAACAUGUGGAUUUUACUGAAUUCAAUGCAUUUUUUUUAUUUUGAUAUAAUACUGUGCCAAACCUAUGUUCGCAGAAGCAUAAUUGACACACGGACGGUGGGAAAUGUUAGUUGAGAGUUGAUCUCAAAUGUGCAUUUUACAUUAAACAUUGACGCGCUUACCUUCCUUUCCCAUCUUUUUAAAGAACGCCGUUGUCUCGUUGCUUUAUACCAACUUUAGCUCCUGCAUAUAACACAUAAUACAGUAAAGGCAGAUUGGUUUUUUUUUUCAUAAUGGCACAAACUUCAACAUUGUACUAAACUGUCCUCUGUCCCCUUCACCUGUGUAAUUGUGAUAUAACAUGAAUGAUGUGCUACAUUAUUUUUAAGUGCUGAGGUGAUCCAUUGACUUUAAAAAUCACAUUUUUUUCUGAUGCAAUAACAUAUUCAAUGCCCAAAAAUGUGCUGCCCACAUGUGCUAUAUCUGAAUUAUUUUCCACAACUUCUACAUUGUUAAGGUAUUCACAUUUGAAACAUGGUUUUUGCCGGUAAAAGAAAAAGCACCUAACGUACACACUCUUAAUUUGUAUCCAAUAUAAACUUUAAAUGCAGCAUUUGGAGUUCAUGACAAACUGCAACAGGCACCAUAAAAAACUGCACGGCCUCCUGCUGCGCUACAGUGUUCAGCAACCGCCAUCCAUCAUACCGAUCAGGACGUAAUUAAAAAACGUGCUUUGAUUUUGUUAAACGCGAGAACCAGUUUUCUUUAUUUGAAAUGAUCUGCAUGGUGAGUUUGGCUUUUCAGUAUCAAAGAAAGCUGCAAUGUCCCACACCUGUCUUGUAACAAAACAAUAGUCUAAACUGUACUUAACUGUAUGUUUCAGUGUAUAUAAAUUCACGUCAAGGUCCAUUUGUAUAUUUAAAAAAAUUAAAAAAAAAAA